GGUGAGGGGGCUUGUAGAGGAUCGAAAGCGUGGCGAGUAGUUGAGCGGCUUCUGGUGGUGAUGAAUGACUCAGGACUUGUUUGAUUUCAACCGGGUCUUUCUGAGAACGCUGCUGUUCUCUCCCUUUGACGGUUUUCGUGCGCUCUUCUCUUGUCGUAAGGCUGAUCCUCGAGCUCUUUGCACGCCUGUCUCCGACUUGACAGCCCAAAGAGGAGAGUAAAGCGGCAUAAAGCAUGCACGAGCGAGUUCGAAUAUCUAGGCUGGAAGGGCUGGGGACGCUGGAAACGUGCAGCGCUGAAGACAAGCAACGCAAAGCCAAUAAACAACAGCAAUUUCAUUGAGCAUGAGACGGGCAAGACGAAGGGAUGCUGGAAACAAUGUGACUACCCCUCCAACUGCCGCUGGGGAAAGCGAGUCGGCAUCCACAUGCCCAGUCCCACACCCACUCCUACAACAUUGCCCACCUCCGGCUUUACAAUCGACACCUCCGUCCUAAACACGCCCAUCGACCACCCAAGUCUAGACGACUGCUUAGCCACCUCGGCCCCUCCUUCGCUUGAACUCGAGGCAGAGGACAGUGCAGGCGCGCUCGGCAGCGCGCUAGAAGUCAGCGCAAAGCGGCGGAAGAGCCAGGACAUCGCGUCUCCCACGUCGCUUCUAGAGAUCGAGUCCGCGCAAACGAGCGCCGUGUUCGAUAUCGAGAUGGUGAAUGCCGAGGAUUCUCCUGCCUUACCGGUGCGUCGGCGGCUGAGGAUAGGAGCGAUGAGAGGUCGCGGACACUGGGUAGGCUAAGGAGUAUGCUGUCUUUGUCUGGUCACAACCGGCACGGCGACAUGUCGAGGUGCUGCCUGUGUCGAAUGCGCAGAGCAUUCUUAGGAGGAGAUGUGCGAUGUCUGGGCUGACGAUGCAGGAGCCGCUUUUCAAGAGGGGUGAAGAGCUGCUUGAGAGUGUCUCGUCACGGGAGAGGGUGAGGAAGUGGAACGAGAGUGCGCUGGAUGCGGUGUGAGCCAAUGAGGGGUGUUACAAAGCGCUCUUUGAUCUCGUCUAUUUACGUGUUCGAUACCCGGCUUUAUUGCGAAA